AUGCGGGGUCAUAGGUUAUUUGAAAUCCGAAAUUUCUCCCAAGAUUUGAAUUUUUCAUUGCUUGCUUCGAAUUUGAUUUGAAUUGUUUUGUCAGCGGUGUUAGUCUUAAUUUUUUUAAGACCUACAAGUUUGUAGUUUAUUUUUACCACCGGGAUUAAAUAUCAGGAUAUUGCUGUUUGUGAAAACAUUCUUUUUGUCAAUCAACAACGUCAUCUUUGCAAAUGAAUAUGAAUCAACAAAUGUCACCUUCGACUUUUAAUAAGUCAAAAGAAUCAUCUUCUGCAACGAAAAAGGACUCCCUUUCUGUGAAAAAAAGAUUACAACAAGAACUCAUGUCAUUAAUGAUGUCCAAUGAUAAAGGAGUAUCAGCAUUUCCAGAUGGAGAUAACCUUUUCAAAUGGGUCGGUACUAUUGAAGGCCCAAAAGAAUCCGUAUAUGAAAACCUAAAAUAUCGAUUAAGUUUAGAAUUUUCAAGCACCUAUCCCUAUGAACCACCAACUGUUAAGUUUACAACACCCUGUUUUCAUCCUAAUGUCGAUGAAAAUGGAAACAUUUGUCUCGAUAUCUUGAAAGAAAAAUGGUCCGCAUUAUAUGAAGUACGAACUAUUUUACUUUCAAUUCAAAUGUUGCUCGGAGAACCAAACAAUGAAAGUCCACUCAAUGCACACGCAGCGGAAUUGUGGAGAAACUGUGCAGAAUAUAAAACUCAACUUCUGGAUCACUAUAAAAAACAUGCAAAACAAAAUGCAUAAGAAAUUCACUGUAUUUAACUUAUCUGACAAUUUCUUAUAAAUGUUAAUGAACUCUAUUUAGUAACAAUGAAUUUGGUCAUCUUCACAUUUUUGAGUGUGUUUAUUUUUGUUGCACUUUGAGAAAAAUGUCUGCCCUUUUUAUGGGAAUUUAUUGCAGUUUGGCAACCAAUGGUGCCGUUUGUACACAUUGCAUAUUUAAAUUUGUCCUGUGUGUUUCUAUGAAAGACUGUGUCUCCUACUCUGUGAAACUUGUUGAAAUAUUUUAUAUGUAACUUUAUAACAUCAGUUAUAAUUAACAUAAACAACAGUUACUAUUUAAAUUCUUUGGAUAGUAGUAAUAUACUAAGUUGUAAAAAAUAGACUAAAGUUUUAACUUAAUUCAACGUAGCUUUUGUGAAAUACUCUUGUGAGAUUGUAUACAAUAAAAAAAAUUGUGCAGUUUUGUUAUGCUGCAUAUCAUAUAACGAUUUUAAUCCAACAAAUGUGCCAAAACUGAUAUAGGAUUCAAAAUUUGACAGUGAUGUAUUAAUUGGAUUUUAUUCACGGCAAGUAUGAAGAUGCCAACCCAUUUGAAAUAUGACAAUUCAUAAAUAUUGUAUACUGAUUUUGGACUUAACUGAAAUCCUAUUACUAUUGGAGACCACCAGAUAUAUUUCUAUUAUUUACACCUACUCAAAUAGUCUCUAAAACGAUAUUUUUUGUUUUGGAACUAUUUUCUAAUCUAUACAUUCCUGUGCUCUAUGAUUACCAGAAUGUACAUAAUAUAUUUGUUUCCGAAAGUCAAUCAGUUGAGAGAUAUUUCUCCAAUAUACUUUUUGAAUUGUCCAUAUGUUUUCAUUUAAAUGUUCAUGCAAAAUUUUUGAAAAACAACCUGUUUCCAUAGAAAUUUUGUUCUGUAUCAUUGUUUUGUGUUUGAUGUUUUCUCAACAUUUUCUACAUCAAAUCUUGUUUUGUAUAUGUAUAUAGA